UACUAACUUGGCAAGGAAGCCAAUACUGAAGAGUCUAGUAGAUAUCCCGACUCUCGAUCAGAGAAAGAGAGAGAUACAGAGAUAGAGAGAUUCGAUGGACGAUUCUGCUGAAGAAUUUGAACCGCUAUUCGAUUACCAUCGCGUUCAACCUUUCAACGUUCUUUGCCUUCAUGAUGAUAGUCUUGAUUCACAACCGGAGAAAAAGAAGCCUAACAACUUUUCUGCUGCAACGGAAGAUAAUGAUAAAGGUUUUAUCCAAAUAGUUGAGUCUAAAGAAAAUGAUGAGGACUGGCUGCUAUCACCGCCAAUGAUUUCAUUUAAUGCCAACAACCUUGCUGAAAAUUCAACUCUAAGGGAAAUUAGGUUAAGAAAACAAGAGUUGGCAUCUUUUGCCGAAUCAGCUAAGGAUGUGCUGCAGGCUGUUGAAGAAUCAGUAAAAAGAGAUCUUGGUGACUCAUUGCAGUCAUCUGUAGGAACUGUUACGGAGCAGGAAUCAAAACCUACCACUGAGAGAGCUAAAAUAAUUAUUUCUAUCCAGGACAAGGAUGAAACUAAACAAUUCCGUAUUUACACGGAUGAUAAAUUUCAGCGGCUUUUCAAACUAUAUGCUGACAAAAUGAAGCUUGAUUUGCAAAAGUUAGUUUUCUGUUUUGAUGGGGAAAAAAUUAAACCAACAGCCACACCUGAUAGCCUUGAGAUGGAAGACAAUGAUAUCAUUGAAGUGCAUUUAAAGCCAAGCUGAUUAAGGCUUGAGACUUGAGAUGUCAUGUUCGUUUAUCAAUAAGUGGGAGGAGGCCGGAAUGCUUUUGUUUGUAAGUUUGGAUUUGAUUGAACUAGUUUUGGAUGAUUACUAUCCAUGUUGUGCAAAGUACAACUUUGGAUUAGCUCAUUUUGUAUUUGAAAAUGUUGGACAUAUAUAUCUUAAGUGGUCUUUUGGUUCACGAAA